AGUUGACAUGAGGAUAGCUGUCAAACCGUAUCGAAAUUUUGUGCAAAACACGUGGAAAACUUAUAUCGUGGCUUCCUGGGAUAAGAUAUUUUGUAUAUAUUUUUUCAAUUAAGUGACGUAUUUUGCUGUAAAUAUGUCACAGCUUUAUGUCCUGUAUGAACAUGCAGCGGGCUACUCGCUCUUUUCGGUCAAGGAGUUUGAGGAAGUAUCGAUGUUUCUGCCUCAAGUGGAAUCAUCUGUAACCGAUAUAGCUAAAUUUAAUUCAAUCGUAAAAUUGGUUGGUUUUUCCCCAUUCAAAACAGCCAUUGCUGCGCUUGAAAACAUCAAUGCCAUUUCGGAGGGUAUUGUGCCACAGGAUUUAAUGGUAUUUUUAGACGAUUUCUUCUCUAAGUUGAAGAAGAAGAAAUGUACUUUAGGCAUAGCUGAUGCCAAGUUGGGCGCUGCCAUUACUGAAUCCAUUGGAGUGCAAUGCAGUCAUUUUGGUGCUGUACCAGAGGUUAUUCGUGGUAUACGCUUCCACUUCCAUAGACUCGUUAAAGGUUUUACCGAUAAGUCGGCUGGUAUUGCUCAACUCGGUUUGGGUCAUAGUUAUUCUCGCGCCAAAGUCAAAUUCAAUGUUCAUCGUUCAGACAACAUGAUUAUACAAUCUAUAGCAUUGCUGGAUCAAUUAGAUAAAGAUGUAAACACUUUCUCGAUGCGUAUCCGUGAAUGGUACUCUUACCACUUCCCAGAGUUGGUUAAAAUCGUUCCUGAUAAUUACUUAUUUGCUAAAACUGCAAAAUAUAUUAAAGAUCGUAAAAGUCUUACACAAGAAAAUCUUGAAGAAUUGGAAGAGAUCGUAAUGGACUCGGCUAAGGCCCAGGCUAUUAUAGAUGCCGCAAAAAUGUCAAUGGGAAUGGAUAUUUCUAUAGUCGAUUUAAUGAAUAUUGAAUUAUUUGCUGAGCGAGUCGUACGACUGUCUGAAUAUCGCAAAAAAAUGGCAACGUAUCUACACAAUAAAAUGGAAGCUGUUGCACCAAAUUUGCAAUCACUGAUUGGCGAUCAAGUGGGUGCCCGAUUGAUUUCGCACGCCGGUAGCUUGACUAACUUAGCUAAGUAUCCAGCAUCAACAGUACAAAUAUUGGGCGCAGAGAAAGCACUUUUCCGUGCAUUAAAAACUCGCUCCAAUACACCAAAGUAUGGUUUGCUCUACCAUUCGUCCUUCAUUGGACGUGCGGGACUAAAAAAUAAAGGACGUAUUUCGCGCUUUCUGGCGAACAAGUGUUCGAUUGCUUCACGUAUUGAUUGUUUCUUGGAGAAUCCCACUAGUGUAUUUGGUGAUACACUGAAGCAGCAAGUGGAGGAUCGAUUGAAAUUCUAUGAAUCCGGUGAAGUUCCUCGCAAAAAUAUAGAAGUUAUGAAGGAGGCCAUGGAAGCUGCCGAAAAAGAGGUUAAAAAUGAUAUUGCCGAAACACAAACAUUGAAAAAGAAAAACAAAAAGAAUAAAAAACGCAAGGCUGGCGAGGCAGAAAAUGGUAAUGGUGUCCAGACCAAUGGCAAUGCUGAAGAGGCAAACGAAACUAUUAUAGAAGAAAACGGUGCCGAAGGAGCUGACGGCGAACCUAAGAAAAAAAAGAAGAAGAAGAAGAACAAGAAUAAAAAUGCAGAGGCUUAAAUUUGUAAAAAUAGUCGGUUUGUUUAGCUUAUGUGUGUUUACAAAAUCAUACCUGCGAUUUUUUUUUUGCUAUGGUAGCCCCACUUUCGCUAAGGUUAAGCUAAGAAAAUCUAUUUUUGCAUUCUUAUAAAGUUUGCUUUUCCAA